CGAUUAUUUGGUCUUAUUUUCUUAACGCAAACUAGAAAGAAAAUUAGCCGACAGGCUAAAGAAGAGUGGCUAGAGUAAGCAGAUAAUACAUUGUGGCAUUUACACUGUCCAAUCAGAAUGUAGGUGUCGUAAGAUACGCUGGUAUCUAAAAUGGUAUAAAUAGCAGUGCCAAACAUACUACGACUUAUAUAACCAAUCCACAAACCUCCACGCCUUUCCUCACCUACCUAUAAUAUAUUAGUUAUUACAAUUAUAAACAGUACCUUAUCUAACAAACCAUUCUCAGCAACCUUUCUAAUCAAGGUUUCCCAAUCGCCAAAAUUCAUGGGCAACAUCCUCUUAGAAGCUCUCCAUGUUCGUGUUGUAGGUUCCGGAGAAAAAUUUCUGGUACUUGCCCAUGGAUUUGGGACUGACCAAUCCGCCUGGCAACGCAUUCUUCCAUAUUUCACCCAUUAUCGUGUAAUUCUCUAUGACCUUGUUUGUGCCGGUAGUGUAAAUCCUGAUUAUUUUGACUUUAGUAGGUACACAACUCUUGAUGCUUAUGUUGAUGACUUGCUUAACAUUCUCGAAGCCCUUGGUGUUGAUCGCUGCGCCUAUGUUGGUCACUCUGUUUCCGCUAUGAUUGGAAUCUUAGCGUCUAUUCGCCGCCCCGAGCUCUUCACUAAGCUCAUUCUUGUCGGCGCUUCUCCAAGAUUUUUGAAUGACAACGAUUAUCAUGGGGGAUUUGAGCAAGGUGAAAUUGAGAAAUUGUUUACGGCAAUGGAAAGGAAUUAUGAGGCAUGGGUUUAUGGGUUUGCACCGCUAGCAGUGGGGGCAGACGUGCCAGCAGCUGUUAGAGAAUUUAGCCGGACCCUAUUCAAUAUGAGGCCAGACAUAUCGUUAUUUGUUUGCAGAACCGUAUUUAACUGUGAUCUUAGGGGCUUCCUUGGCCUAGUGAAGGUGCCGUGUUGCAUAAUUCAGACCGCCAAGGAUGUCUCGGUCCCCAUAUCAGUAGCCGAAUAUCUACGGAGACAUCUGGGUGGGCGUACCACGGUGGAGAUUUUGAAGACAGAAGGUCAUUUNCUCUAUUGA